GCCCCGCCGCGGGCGCCUCCCAGCUCGGUCGGUGUCUAUGGAGGCAGCAGCGUGCGCCGAAGCCGCGAUUCCCAUGGCCGCAGCCGCCUGCAGCACCAAGGCCAUGUCCCUCUUCAAGAGGACCUUGGUGCUGAGCCCCGCCGCCGCGCCCAGGGCCCCGGGCCCCGGGAGCCCCCCGCGAGGCUGCCCGUUGCCUCCCUCCGCCUGGCCCUCCAAGGACUGGCCCCGGGGAGAGGGCGUCUCAGGCCGGCGCCGAAGCCCUUCGGCCGGGCGCCUGCCCCAGUCCCACUCCUGCUCCUCGACUUCUCCCACCUCCGUGUGUCUUCCCGGCCCGCAGGACUCGCUCAGCAGCAGCUUGAAAACUUGCUACAAGUAUCUCAAUCAGACCAGUCGCAGUUUCGCAGUUGUAAUCCAGGCGCUGGAUGGGGAAAUGCGCAAUGCAGUAUGCAUAUUUUAUCUGGUUCUUCGAGCUCUGGACACACUUGAAGAUGACAUGACCAUCAGUGUGGAAAAAAAGGUCCCAAUGUUACACAACUUUCACUCUUACCUUUAUGAACCAGACUGGCGGUUCAUGGAGAGCAAGGAGAAGGAUCGACAAGUGCUGGAGGACUUCCCAACGAUCUCCCUUGAGUUUAGAAAUCUGGCUGAGAAAUACCAAACAGUGAUUGUUGACAUUUGCAGAAAAAUGGGAUUUGGAAUGGCAGAGUUUUUGGACAAGCAUGUAACUUCUGAACAGGAAUGGGACAAGUACUGUCACUAUGUUGCUGGGCUGGUGGGAAUUGGCCUUUCCCGUCUAUUCUCGGCUUCAGAGUUAGAAGACCCCUUGGUUGGUGAAGACACAGAGCUUGCCAACUCCAUGGGCCUGUUCCUGCAGAAAACAAACAUCAUCCGUGAUUAUCUGGAAGACCAGCAAGAAGGAAGAGAGUUUUGGCCUCAGGAGGUUUGGAGCAGGUAUGUUAAGAAACUGUCGGAUUUAGCUAAGCCAGAGAACAUUGACCUGGCUGUCCAGUGCCUGAAUGAACUUAUAACCAACGCACUACACCACAUCCCAGAUGUCAUCACUUACCUUUCAAGACUUAGAAACCAAAGUGUGUUUAACUUCUGUGCUAUUCCACAGGUAAUGGCCAUUGCAACUUUGGCUGCCUGUUACAAUAACCAACAGGUGUUCAAAGGGGUAGUGAAGAUUCGGAAAGGGCAGGCAGUGACAUUAAUGAUGGAUGCCACCAAUAUGCCAGCUGUCAAAGCUAUAAUAUACCGGUAUAUGGAAGAGAUUGAUCAUAGAAUCCCCAACUCAGACCCAUCUUCUGGUAAAACAAGGCAGAUUAUCUCCACCAUCAGGACACAGAAUCUUCCCAAUUGUCAGCUGAUCUCACGGAGCCACUACUCCCCCAUUUACCUGUCAUUCGUUAUGCUCUUGGCUGCCCUGAGCUGGCAGUAUCUGAGCACACUAUCCCAGGUUACAGAAGACUACGUUCAGACUGGAGAACGCUGAUUUGGAAUUGGGCUGGAAGCUAAAGUUCACCAUGAAAUGGAGUAUUUACCUUUUCUUCAGCGAUGGAUAUAGCUCCCCCCCUUUUUUUUCCAUGCCUCUUUUAAUCUCUAAAAGAACUCUGUGUGGCUUGGACCUUUAGAAACUGUGAAAUGCAGUUUUAAGAAUAUAAAACAAAAAGGGAAGGAUUCCUCCCCCUCUGCAACCUGGUACUUCUGAGUAGUGGUUUCCUCUGCUUAUUAGCUUGUGGCUGACAGCAGAACAUUCUUGCUGCUGUUUAGGUAAAAUGGUUGCAUGUGGGACUGUCAGGAGAUUUUUAUUGUGAAUCCUGGCUCAAAUUAUAAUUAAACAUUUUUAAUUUGAAGCAGCCUAUCCUACUAGAAAAUGAAGUGAAUUUUCUGUUUGGUCUUAUUUUGCUUAUCAUCUUGUUUUUUUUAAUUGGUGUAGUAGUUAUGAUUCUCUAGUUGUAGAUAGUAUUUCUCUUUUCCUAAGAAUGCAGACUGUCUACCACACGUGAAAGCUGCGAAUUCAACUCUGGGUGUUUGGUAUUAGGUUCUCUCUUAAAGGGAAUUUGCUUUCAGAGAAAGAGGAUUGCCCUCGGCCCCAUUUUAGAAGAUAACCUUGAGGAAAGGCUGAGGUUUUUGCAGGUUUUUAUAAUAAAAACUUUAUUCUGCAUUUGUGAAGUGCAGUUCACUCUAAGGCCCGUGUGGCCAGGAGAAAUAAGGAACUGAAGAACAGAAUCGAGCGCUGGAAGAAGGGUGGUGGUCUGCAGCCGUGAAGCUGCCGGAGGAGGGCCCAAGCAGCACAGCUGACUGGUGUUAACUGCCUGUUGGAAACGAGGACGCUAGCAGCAGUGCCUCCGCUGUUGAACUUGUUACCCUCUUUAACUCAGCCAUCCUCCUCGUCUGCCUUCUGGCUAAGCCUCUUAACUGUUCUGAAAUUUUAAGGGUUGUUUUUUUCCCUUUUUUAAAAUUACCAGCUUAUAUAUUGAAGUCUCAAGAAAGGCAACAGUGUUCUCAAGUUCAUGGGAUUGGCUUGAAAGCCAAAUGGUACUGCUGUAGGGGUGUCAGCCUUUUACUCCGACACAGCUGAGGUUUGUGAAAUACUCUGACUAGUGAAAGUCUCAGCUUAGACAAGUGAGGAAAACGUCCCUUCACAGAGGGUGUGAUUCAAAAAGCCCCUUGGGUUGAGAAUCACUGUCCUAGGACAUGAGAAUAAUUUCUAGAAAUCAUUAGUGCUUUAGGUAUGUAUUUAUAUGUAUAAAGCACACCUUCUACUCUUU